AAUUACUUCACGACAGUGGUUGAGAGACGGGUUCAUGAGAAACAUAUUAACCAAUUAGAGAAGAGAGAGGGCGGGGCUACUACUUCAGCAUUCAUUCUCCAAAGUCACACGUGAUCCUCUUCAGUUCCAGGCGGUUUGGGUCCAUCAGAGAGCGAAGGGACUAUGGAGCUGAAGGUGCGGCUGUGCGUGCUGCUGCUAGCGCUGAGCGUGUGCGUGACGCUACAGGUGCGGGCUCAGGAGGACGAGGAAGAAGACGAGGACGUACACGUGGAAGACAACCUGGGGGAUGAAGACCUGCUGGACGGAGAUGGAGAGAUUGACCUUGAGCCGGAGGAAGACAAGCCAACGCCCACGCCAGCAGCUCCUACCGUGACGUAUAAAGCUCCAGAGCCAAAGGGCGAGCACUUCUUUGCCGAGUCGUUCGAUAAAGGAACGCUGGACGGGUGGGUUUUAUCCAAGGCUAAGAAGGAGGACAUCGAUGAGGAAAUCGCCAAGUAUGAUGGUAAAUGGGAGGUUGAGGAGAUGAAGGACACAAAGCUGCCAGGUGAUAAAGGCCUUGUGCUGAAGUCCAGAGCCAAACAUCACGCCAUCUCCGCUCUGCUACUGCGACCUUUCACCUUCGACACCAAACCCCUCAUCGUCCAAUAUGAGGUGAACUUCCAGAAUGGAAUCGACUGUGGCGGUGCCUACGUCAAACUGCUCUCCCAGAGCGCAGACUUCAACUUGGACGAGUUUGUGGAUAAGACCCCAUACACCAUCAUGUUCGGACCGGAUAAGUGCGGCGAGGACUACAAGCUCCACUUCAUCUUCCGCCACAAAAACCCCAAGACGGGCGAGUACGAGGAAAAACACGCCAAAAAGCCAGAUUCAGACCUUCGCACAUACUACACGGACAAGAAGACCCACCUGUACACACUGGUGUUGAACCCAGACAACAGCUUCGAGAUACUGAUUGACCAGACGGUGGUGAACAGCGGAAGUCUGCUGAAUGAUGUGACCCCCGCAGUAAACCCUCCCGCUGAGAUCGAAGAUCCCGAUGACCACAAGCCAGAAGACUGGGACGAGAGGCCGAAGAUCCAGGACCCAGACGCUGUCAAGCCUGAGGACUGGGAUGAGGAUGCUCCAGCUAAGAUCAGUGAUGAAAAUGCAGUGAAGCCUGACGGCUGGCUGGACGAUGAGUCCGAGUACAUCGGUGACCCUAAUGCCAUCAAACCCGACGACUGGGAUGAGGAUAUGGACGGUGAGUGGGAGGCACCCCAGAUCCCCAACCCUGCCUGCGAGUCUGCCCCAGGCUGUGGAAAAUGGGAGAGACCUAUGAUUGACAAUCCCAACUACAAGGGCAAGUGGAAGCCACCAAUGAUCGACAACCCCAACUAUCAGGGAGUAUGGAAGCCCAGGAAGAUCCCCAACCCUGACUACUUUGAGGAUCUGCAUCCGUUCCGCAUGACGCCCGUCAGUGCCGUGGGUCUGGAGCUCUGGUCCAUGUCCUCAGACAUCUUUUUCGACAACUUCUUCAUCACGUCCGACCGCAACGUUGCUGAGAAGUGGGCAGAGGAAGGCUGGCGUCUGAAGAAAGCAGCGGAGGGAGCAGCUGAGCCUGGUCUCGUUAAUCAGAUGAUGUCCGCAGCAGAAGAGAGACCCUGGCUCUGGGUGGUCUACGUCCUAACUGUGGCUCUCCCUGUGGUCCUGAUCUUCGUCUUCUGCUGCACUGGCAAGAAGAAGCCAGCGACCUCUGCUGCUGAGUACAAGAAGACUGACGAGCCUCAGCCUGAUGUGAAGGAGGAGGAGGAGGAGGAGGAGGAGGAAGAAGAAGAAGAGGAUCAGGAAGAAGAAGCCAGAAAGGAAGAAUCAGAGAAGAACGCUGAUGCAGAGGAAAGCCCUGCAGAAGCAGCUGCACCAGAGGAAGAGGAAGCAGAGAAACAGGAAAACAAAUCGAAUGAGAAACAAGAGGAUGAUGUUCUGAGAAGGUCCCCGAGAAGCAAACUGAAAGCUAGGAAGGACUGAUGGACUUUUGCUACAUCUGCUCAACCGCAGCCCCUCUUCUGUGUUUCCCCUUUCCCCGACUCCAUCCCUCCUUCCAUCCCUCCCUCGCUCUCUCCUUUUACCCUUGAUCUGUCCUCCUCUGGUCUUCUGCUCCGUCCUCACCCAAGUGACUACACGACAGAGAAAAACGAAAUGGUCCGAUGAAAAGAAAAAUGUUGCCACUUCGGACUGGUGUGAGGAAGAGGAGGAGGAUGAUGACGACGAUGAUGAUGACAACCAUAAAUAGAGUAGAAAACUUUUUUUUUUGUUUUACUAAAAAGAAAAGGAUAAAACAUGAUUGUUCCUUAAAUAUGCUGAUGCUAAUGUAAAUCCCCCUCUCUGUCCUUUUCCCAGCUGUCUAUCUCUCUCACUCCCUCUCACACACACACACACACACACACAUCCCUGCUAGCCUCCGGUUGGCAUCUCGCUACUCGUCUUUGCUAGCGUAAUUCAGCGAAAGCGUCAGAUCGUGGCAACACUACAGCACCCAUGCUUCAGGCUCGGAUUUUAAGCAGACAGGCUCAUAAAUCAGAAUGUGAAUCAGGAGAAAUCAGACGUUCGGUCUGAUCUCCUUCGGGAAAUGUAGAUGGGAAGGAAGGUUGAUGGGAUGCGACCGUCAUCGGUUCUGUACUCGGUUCCAAUUACUCGGUUUUAAGAAAUGAUUCCUCGAAUCCCACAUGCCUCCUUUACACUCAUUCCACAACGAUCUUGUUUUAUUUUUGAACAUUUCUGUGUCAUGAUCUAGAAGAACCCCUUGUACUUGCACUGUGGGGUGUCCACAGAAGAACACCUGUUAGGCUUUAGGUUUUAGCACACUGCCUUAUUUGUAGAACGCAGUUAGCUCCUUUAUUUUUUGUGAAUGUACUGUGACUUGUGUUUUGUUCCAUUCUACAUGUUUGUUUCUAAUAUCAUUUUUCUUUGUACUAAAUCAUGACUUUUCAUACUUUUUUUUUGUUGUUGUUUUCGUUAAGCACAGCGUAACAGGGCUGGCCACCCAUGUAGGGGUUGUAGUUUGAGAUAAAGAAGAGAGGCUGAGAGCUGAGAAUAAUUGUAUGACCUGGAUAUGAAAAAUGUAGUGAGUAAGGCUCACUGCCAUGCCCGGGAUGAAUCAUAAGUGUAUCUGUGCCACCUCCUUUCAUUUUUCCACCAGUGCCCCGAAGUCAGCCAUCGAACCGUUUCUGACGAGUGACUCAACUCUCCUCACUUCCUGUGACAUAAGUUUUUGCCCGAGCAGCAGCAAAGCAAAUGCGUCUUUUUUAGCAUUUUCAUUCUAUACAGGAAAAACAUUAAUUAUUUUUGUUUUCUGCCAUUUUGCUACAAAGAAAACGUGUAAUUCCUUCAAAACUUUAGCCCCCAAAGACAUGAAAAAAGGCACUAUAACAUGGCAAUACUUCAGCGCUGCCUAAAGACUCCAUGAAGAUUUUGAUUUUACCGAAUUUGCUGACCUCCAGCAUCCACUUGCCCUCUACAGCGGUGGAGGAUGUUGCUGCAAUUGGUGUUCUGUCCCAAGCUUAUAAAGAGCUGGCACUUUCUAAAGUAACGGAGUCUAUCAUUUAAAUUCACCGUCAUGCUGCACUGCUGCUAUUCUAACAUAUCUCUCUCUCUCUCUCUCUCUCUCUCUCUC